CCCCGCAGAACUCAGAGUGUAUAACACAGUGCAGCCAGGCACAAUGUGUGUCAGAGGACUGUCUGAGCUCCCAACGUAGAUGACUGUUCCAGGUCUGCUCUCUGUUCCACUGCGAGACUGCAAGAAGAGACGAGAAACCAGACUGGUUCGCACGUUAUCAUCACCCAAGUCAGGACGAGGUUCUAGGAUUGUGGGGCAGAAUGCCGGCGAUCUUAAGUAAAAACUCCGAUUUGGAGUUUGACUCCUUACAACCGUGCUUCUACCCGGACGAGGACGACUUCUACUUCUGUGGUCCCGACUCUGCGCCACCGGGGGAGGACAUCUGGAAGAAAUUCGAGUUGCUGCCCACUCCGCCCCUCUCACCGAGCCGAGCUGCGCUACCGUGGGAGCCGGCGGCGACAGUGGACCAGGAGGCUGACCCUCUGGGCUUCGGCCUGGGAGACCCACUGGACUGGGCGUCCGAGCUGCUGCUGCUGCCGGAGGACGAUAUCUGGGGCGCGUCCGACGAUGGGGACCUGUUCGGCUCCGUUUUGGAUACUAACCCCAACAACAUCAUUAUCCAGGACUGUAUGUGGAGCGGCUUCUCCGCCAGGGAAAAGUUGGAGCGGGCGGUGACGGAAAAACUGGGAAAAGCCAUUUCCACGGCCACCGCGAGCGGCAGAAACGCGUGCGUGAAGGCGCCGGAGGUGGUCAGCCGCAACUCCGUGUCAGAGUGCGUGGACCCCACGGUGGUCUUCCCCUUCCCGGUCCACAAGAAGAACUGCAGCGGUGCCAAAGACUCAGCCGGCAACGCAGCGGGAGCGCACGGGAGCGCAUCCAGUGAUUCAGAAGAAGAAGAUGAUGAAGAGGAAGAUGAAGCAGAGGAGGAACAAGAAGAAGAGGAAGAAGAAGAGGAGGAGGAUGAGGAUGAGGAAGAGGAAGAGAUCGAUGUGGUAACAGUGGAGAAGAGGCGGUCAACGACGGCCACCGUCACCAUCACCGUGCACCCAAAGAGCCAAGACAUGAGAGGAGCAGUCUCAGGGUCCGGCGUGGUGAGCCGGUUCGUCAGCCGAGCUCCUCAGGAGCUGAUCCUGAAGAGGAGCUCCGUCCACCAGCAGCAGCACAACUACGCCGCCCCGUCACCGUACGCCUCAGAUGACGACCCCGCGCCACCUCCAAAGAAGCAGAAGACGUCAUCGGACGCCACGCGACACCCCACCAGGUUCAACUCUUCAUCCUCAACCUCUUCCUCCGCCUCCUUCAGCUCGUCAGGGCCUCGCAGCAAGCGCAGCAGCAGCGGAGACAGCAGCCCGCGCGGCAGCUCCGACUCAGAGGACAGCGAGCGUCGGCGCAACCACAACAUCCUGGAGCGCCAGCGUCGCAACGACCUCCGCUCGAGCUUCCUCACGCUGCGGGAUCACGUGCCCGAGCUGGCGCACAACGAGAAGGCGGCCAAGGUGCUGAUCCUCAAGAAGGCCACGGAGUACGUGAGCUCGCUAGAAACUGAGGAGAUGAGGCUCCAGCAGGAAAUGGACAGACUGCAGGCCCGCAGGCAGCAGCUGAUGCGCAGGCUAGAGCAAGCAAGGACUCGCUAAGAGACAGACGAACCAGUACAACACGGAAACACUCACAUAAACCCUGGACGACCCUCCGGCCCGACCUCCUCCCUCUCUAACUCAGUCUUUCAGAGUCACAGCCACCAUCGCAGGCCUCCACACUUCAGCACAGACACACAGGCCUGUCCAUCUGUCGUUGCACACGUGCACACGCAUACACAACACACUAUGUCUCAGAGGACGUUCAUCUUCAGAAACCAGCACACACCUGGAGGAGGGGCGAGGGCCUACUGGAGGGACGCUCGGACUUUCACUGCCGCCACUUUUUUUGCACAUUUGUUGACAUUAAGAAUGUUUAGGGUUUACUUUUAUUUUCCAAUCAAGACGCAUUGAGAAAAGAUAGAAAGAAAAAAAGAUGUAGGGAGGAAGGAGGAGAGGACACACAUGUUUUAAGGUCUUCCCUUCCUCUGGUUUUUAUAUCAUUUCUUUUUGUAUCUUCUUUUUUUUUAAAGAUAAAUUGUUUUUAUACUCACUGUGACACCAGCCCGGAAUCAGGUGAUUCCCACAGGGACGGGUGUUCGAGGGCACUUUGCUUGGAGAGUUCAUGUACAAGAAGCAGUGCACAUUAACUUUGCCUUCACCACUGCAAAAAGAAAGAAAGAAAGAAAGAAAUCAAAAACUGAAGAGACUGACGACCGAGGCGAACUGGGUCACACGCGACUAACGAAGCCACUACAGGUUCUCCUUCCCUCACGACUCUCACACUGGUGCUCAAACCAAGUCAGUGGAUGUAAAACUGUGCACCUUGAUAGCCGACACUUUUGUAUAUAACAAUAGUGUACAGACAAAAAGAAUACACUCAGAUCUGCCUUGUUUGUAAUACAUUUGUCCUUGGUUUUUCUUUUUUAUAUAUACAUGUCAGGAAGCUGCCAAUACCUAGACUGGAAGUUUAUAUACCUUUAAAGUACUGUAAGGCCUCGAUUUUUGAGAGUCAUGAAACUUUGUAAUAUAACAAUAUAUUGUUUUUUUUUCUUCAUUUUCUUUGUAUUGUAUCAUAUUACUAAUUCUACACACCUUUAUGCUUUUAGUGUGAACCUGAUACAUACUAAAUUUGAUACUUAUAUUUUCGUAUGAAAAUGAGUUCUCGGUAGAUAUCACUUUAUCUCGUCAUUGUUUUUCUCCCUCUGUAUCUCAGAUAAUUCUUUUGUACAGCAAAUGUGUUCUAUCCUCAUGUACCUGGCCUUUUUAUCUUCCUUUUCCUACUCUUUUGUUUAUAUUUGUAACUAUCGGGUGCAUAGAACUGGGUAAACGGAUAUAAGAUGUUUGUUUUUUUCAUUUUUAAAAUGUACAUUUAGUGCUGCAACUCAUAGCACUUUGAAAUACCUCAUUUUGAAAAAUAAAUAGACAUCAUAAAAUCCUCUCA